CAGCGUGUGAAUGGAGGUUAGUUGUGAAACAUCGUGCAGAAGAUGGAGUGAAAGCUGCACCGUCCUCCCGCUGCCCGCUGUGUGUCCGAGAGAAGCGUGUCUCUAGUGAACUGCAGGGACUCUGGAGGAGGAGAAAGAGGUUUCUGACCGUGAAGACAUGAGCUCCGUCAGGCAGGAAGCAGGUAAAGACACAAUCAUCUUUGUCACCAAAGAGGAUCAUGCAACACCCAGCAAAGCUGAGCUGGUGGAGGAAGACCCCGACGAACCGUAUGAGGAGCGAGGUCUAAUUCUUCCCAGUGGGGAAAUCAACUGGAACUGCCCCUGUCUCGGCGGCAUGGCCAGCGGUCCUUGCGGAACUGAAUUUAAGGACGCGUUCUCCUGUUUUCACUACAGUAAAGAGGAGGUGAAAGGAUCCGACUGCAUCGAGCAGUUCAGGGCGAUGCAGGGGUGUAUGCAGCUCUACCCAGAGCUUUACCCACAGGAAGACGAAAAAUCCCCCAGUCAGACCUCACAGGACUCUGCCGAACAGACGGAUGUAAACUCAACAUCUGCAACAUCUGCAUCUGAACAGGACUCUGGAAGCACACGGCCCAGCACAGAGAGCUCAGUGGAGAGCUAAUGCAGGGCUGCAGUCUGUCAGGGACAUUUAACUGUCUCCUUCUAGAAAUGAAAUUGUGACUGUAUUUUCAAAACUGUUUGGUUUUUUUUUACUGUGAAAAAGAAAAAGUCAAAAAUGUGAGGGCUUGAAAGAGGAAUGACUUCCUAAGUAAGACUAAAUAAAAUCCUGGUACCUUAGAUUUUCUUGCAGAUAUAUAACUGGUUGAAAUUUGUUCCCGUUUUGUUUCGUUUUUUUGUUUUUUUUUCCUUUUCUCCUUCUACGAAAUAUGGAAAUUUUUUGUUUUGGUUGAAAAGGGUUAGGCAAAAUAAGUUUUGACUUCAGUCUAAACCCUUUGGUCACAGGGUGAUGAUGUUGAGGAUGAUCUUGAUGAUGAUUUUGUUGAUGAUGUUGACGAUGAUAACUCAUGUGGAUAACGAUGAUGAUGAUGAUGUCAUUGUACACAAUUGAUAGAAUGUUUUCCUUGCUGAUCAAAUAAAUCUACUACUAGUACUACUACAUUAUUUCACCAGGAACUAAAAAGAAAUGAUGAUCUGUGUUUUGAGAAGAUUUGGCUACAGUUCAGCUUCUGUAGUUUUCUCAAAGAAGGUUGAACAUGAGAGGCUCAUCUCAUUAAUACAGCAGCUUUUCAUCCCAGUUUACACUUCCUCUCUUCAUAGAGGAAAUAAACUAGUCAAAAUAUGGUUAAAAAUAUAAAUAAAAAUUGUUUACGCUCACCAUCCUGCUCACUCAAUUCUCCACAUCUUCAAUCACAUGAUAGAGUCAAACUCAGACUGUUGAACUCCGAAGAAGCUGGUCAGAUCCUCAGUUCUGAGAGUUUUUCUUUUUGCUUUUUUAAUGCGAUGGUCAAAGACUAACGUUACACUAAAAAGCCUUCAUUCCACUUUCAUUUAGUUGUUUGUGUUUCUCUGUCUUAUGUUUCAUUUUGAUGUAAUUGUUUACUAGAUUGAGUUAAUUCAUCUUAAAACUGACAGUGUUUGUUUUAGUGGUUCAUUUGAUCAAACUGAUGGGUAUUUUUACUCACGGGGUAUUUUUAGUGUGAGAUCUUCUCUGCUGCAGUCCCACUGUUGCCCUCUGUCUCUCGGGACUGCAUUUCUUUUGAUAAUUUAUAACCAGACUUGAAAUAUUUACCUCAUCUGAGCUGAACUGGAACGGCACAGAAGUGCUUGAAGUCAAUGCUGCAAUAAAUAAAA